GGCGCCCCAGCACGGCCGCGGCCCCCACCAUCAGCUGGCCCACGCAGAGGGCGCGGACGGCGAGGACGACCCGCCCGGUGGCGCCGGCGGCGACCACGACCCGCGCGCCCUGGUGGAUGGCCUACGAGGCGACGGAGACCAGGACGGCGGCGCCCGCUCCUGCAACUACCACAGCACCUACAACCACGACUACAACAACACCAAUUACAACCACAACUACGACUACAGCCGCACCAACUACAACAACGACUACAACCACGCCAACAACUACCACAACCACACCAACUACAACUACCACUACACCUACUACAACUACGACUACAACCACACCCACAACGACGACAACACCAACUACGACUAAAGCGACAUUCAUUCUAAAACCAAAGAAAACAACUAAACCCAAUGUAAACUGUCGAAAAUUAUGUUUCAGCGAGACAGGAGAAAGCUUUUGUUGCGAUUCAGCUGAUGGAGUCUGUCCUCUGAAACCUUCUGUCUGCUCAGCUGUCAGCACAAGACGUCGCAAGAGAAAAUGCGCGUUCGAUGCCCAGUGUGCUGAGGGCUACAAGUGCUGCUUCGACAACUGCAUCGAGGACUACGUAUGCAGGAGGACUGUCUUCUUGCCGAAGUCGAGCUUGCGUAAGUCGAGGAGGAGGGCGAAGGGGCCGGCGGAGGGUCAGCCUUAAUUCCUUCGGCUGGGCGCGAG